AUCCUGUAAUCCACAAAAUGUAAAAUCUAAAACAAAAGCAAGAAUGAAGAAGACAUUUUUAUCACAUUUUUUCAGGAAAUGCGGCAGAGAUGACACUUUCGUCUGCGAAGUUCAGCAGGUUUGAACUCAGAAUUCCAUGAAGAGUUUUAACUGUAGGUUUUGCAGGGUGAGAAUUUGGUGAGCUUUGGAAUGUUGUUAUGCCUGCAGGAGCGGGGUAGCUGUAAGCGGGUGGAGUGCCGUGCUGAGCGUAGAAAUCCGGAGGUGGGUACCCUGACGGUGGGUAUCCUUGUGGAAUCUGUUGAUUUUGUCUCGGAACUUCUCUCUCGUUCUUUGAUGUCAUGGUGAUGUGUCGAUCUCCUUAUGAAUUGAGGCCUAAAUUCCACGAAUGCUAAUUCGAAACCUUUCUACAUUUGAGGGAAGCUACGGACGAUGUCUUGGACAAACGCCGAAUCUUAACCGACGAUUGCUAGGAUUUAGAAAGUUGGAUGUCGAAUGGCGUGACACUCAAAUUAGGGCUGCUCUGGAAUAUGUGAUGCCCUCCAACCAUGACGCUACAAUACUAUUCCAUUGAGCUGCUUGGGUUGCCUCAUGGUCUCCAAAUUUGUAAGGUGAUCAUCUUGGCACACGGUUUCACAUGCAUUUUUGGCAAGAGGAUUCAAAGAGACGUUGAUUUCACGCGGUUUAGACAGGUUACGUCAUUGGGCAGGAUUGGAUUCGACAAACUGUUACGACUUCUAAGGAGUUCUACGAGUCUCUUCAUUGCUUGACGUGCUGUAACCAUCGUUUCCUAGCACUUUCUCAUUUAUCACUCGACAGAUUUCUUCGGAUGCCACCGAAUCAUGUUUUUUGUGUAUAGACCGCGAUGUGUAUGAUGCAUGUAUCACAAAUAUAAGCUACAGAAAACAUCUCGCCAUGAGGUUCAUUCCACAAGAAAUGUUUGUAUGUGCCACAUGUAAAUGAAGAAAACGAACUUGUGGAACUGCAAUAGAUUCCUCCUCCAUGUGAAAAAAAUCUGGGCAUCCCUACGAGGUUCACGGAUGAAUUACUUCAUCGUGCUCCUUUCCCGCCCACUCGCACGACACUGAGGAACACCAAGGAAUUUCUACGAGUUUUCAAUGGUGAUUCCUCGGAAGAAUCAAUCAGUGAAGCAGAUCGAAGCGUAUUGUAGACGGCUCGCAUCGAUCAACCAUUAGGCAAGUGUGGAGGUACAUCUGAUCAUCCCUCAAUUAGGUGUGAAUUCCUACUGGUUCCAUUACCCUGUUUAUUUGUUUGACGCGCUUUUACAAUCCACAGAUGUGUUCCAGUGGCAUGGCGCUCUUUUCUUUUUGUCACUCCAGGACAAGAAGUUUUGGGCAAGUUUUGGGUUGAAGUUAGUUUCGUGUUCUUCUUUGGAAAUUAUGAAUGAUGAGAUUUAUGCGCUGCUAUCGGUUUGAAGUGCUAGUGCUGUGCUCGUUUGAGCAUUAUUGGGGAGAGUUUUCCGCCCAGGAGUAUUGUGUUCCGAUGGGGUGGAAUGAAUUGCGAAAGUGAGAUUCAUGAUGCUGCAUCGGAGGGAAUAAAUGCAGUUGGCGAUGGUGAGCUAUUAAAUGUUCUUUCGCUAUGGGUUCCUGGGAAGAGGAGCUAGAUUUGGACCUCUCGGACAUUUUCGGGGCUGUUGGCGAGUCUGCUCAGGAAGCGGCGCAGCAGAGAGCGGAGGAUGAUGGAGCUGAUGAUCUUGCAUUCCCAUCACAAGCCGCUGCACCGCUUGCAUCUCCACCUGCUCAGCAAGGGCAUUCAGGAAAUGGGAUCACAAGGUUAGUCACCGAAAAUGGGUCCACUCCGUCGCCUAAGGUCGAUGUUGCCGACGCGCCAACACAAGUUGCAAGCCUGACUGCGGAGCCUUUUAUUUCCCGAGGUGGUUCUACAGAACCCCUUCCAACACAUAACUUGGUAUCAAGAGAAGGUCCUAACUCCAAACAGCGGCUGCCACCGUUGCCCUCGUUUCAAGCUGUUGUUUCUCAUUCCAUUGGUUCUACCAUACCCAUUCCCACGCAGAACUUGGCAUCGAGAGCAAAUGAUAGCAAGCAAGGAUUGUCCCAGCCAGAAAUUCCAACAUCGCGAAACCCUAAUUCCCGAGAGAAAGCGCCUCAGCAGGGAGCUGACAUUAGAAAGUAUUUCGGUUACAGAGGCUCAUCGUCCGGAGGAGAUGGGGGAGGGCCUUCAAAGAAACUUCGAAUUCCUGGUCCUGUAGGGGAUCUUGUUCUAAAAGAGCAAUGUAACGAUGGAGAUAGCAUAGGUGUCAUUGGCAAUGACAAUGGCAAUGGGAAUGCUUUUAGUUCCAGAGAAACUGAAUUUAAUGACACGAUUUUUCGAAAAGGCGCCUGGAUUAGUGCUUUGCAAAGUCUUGACGUCGACGAAUUUGAUCCAGCAAGGUAUGCGAUUCUGAAGGUCACGGCAAGCAGCAUCGGAUCCUCACGCGCACAAGAAGUCCCGCAUUUUGUAGCUAUCAUCAAGGAGUUAACUCCUACCGUCUUUGGUGAUGCAGCUGUUGUACUGAAGGAUCCGACAGGAACGGUGGCAGGGAUGAUGAACAAUAAGGUGUUUUUAAACACAGAUUAUGCAAGGGCCAUUUCCCCGGGAGCUGUUAUCGUUCUGAAACAGGUUGCCGUCUUCAGUCCAUCAGCACACUAUCUCAAUAUCACUAUCAAUAAUGUUGUACAGGUCUUUGCUGCCAAUACAAACCUGCCACAAGGAUCAAAGGCACCUAAGCAGCACCGGCAGCAGGAACCAGCUGUGAAGGAGGAAAAACCUCCACCCCAGCCCCAACAUCAGCCAUCAUCACGACGACAAGAACAGCCACUUUCUCAACCUCGAUUCCAACCAGAUCCAUCGCCAUUACCACGGCAGGAACAAUCACCGGCUCAACCCCGAACCCAACCUCAGCCAUCGUCACCGCCACAGCCACCCGAACCACUGGAAUCAAAAGCUGUUGAGAGCAUGGCUGCUGAAGCUGAAAAUGUCCCAGGUUGGGACCUAAUGCCCCCAUCGCCACCAUCAUCCCCUCAUGAAGCCAAGCCCCCUGAGAGCAUUGCUGCGGCCGCGAAGAUGGCAGGUUGGGAUCUAACAGAUGAUAUGGAGGCACUUCUUAACGAGGAUGUCGACGAUUUUUAUGCCUAAAUCAGCCUUUGACCCUUCACGAUUUUCAUGCCAACUUUCAACCGUAGGCAUGCUCCUGAUGGAAACAUGGUUGGCAACUACUCUUAGUUAUCUGCAUAUUGUACAUGUUCUACUGCAAAGUGACUAUACGUGAUAUCUAUUUAUAGGAUGUCGGGGAAUAUUAUACGAAUCAUCAAUCAAUGAAAGGUAGGUUUUCAGCGUAAUUCUGUAAAUCAAGUAUUUCUGUUCCCUUUGACGCACUUCCA